AUGGAUAGGGUUUUCUUUCUAGUUUUUAGAAAUAACUAUUUAAGGAAACUUAUAUUCGAAUAUGUAAAUUUAAUAAACUCAAAAAAGUAUAGCAAAAAUCGAGUUUUUAAAUAUCAUCAAAUUAAGACACUUGAUUGGUUAUGUGUAAAUGAAAAGUGGAUGCUUUUAAAGGAUAUGAUAACAACUAAACAUCCAUUAAAAAUAACAGAGAAUUCAUUAAUUACAAUUUGCAAGUCGGUUAAAGAUGUGAAACUAUUCGAGCAUAUUUAUAAUGGUCUAAGAAAAGAGUUUCAACAUUACGAUUUUAUGUUUAUAGACUAUGCAUGUGCUGCUGGUUCAUUGGAUGUUGUUAAGUUUUUACAUGAACAGAAACACAGCGCCACAUUCAAGGCAUUGGAUAACGCAAGUUGGAAGGGUUUUAAAAAUAUUAUCGAGUUUUUAUUAGAUAACAGAACUGAAGGAGCAUCAAAAGACGCCAUUGACGAAGCAUCCGCCAAUGGGUAUAUAGAUAUUGUAGAGCUUUUAACGGAGCGUACAACUGCAGGCUGUUCAAAAACAGCAAUGAAUUUAGCAUGUAAAAACGGUCAUUUUGAAAUGGUGCAAUACCUACACAAAAAUAGAACGGAAGGCUGCUCCACCAAAGCUUUAGAUUACUGCUGCCAAUAUGGUCACUUGGAUAUUUACAAAUAUUUAUACGAAAACAAUAUUAUAGCAAUCAAUAAUUUCAAUACACUUAGAAACCACAUACAAAGUGACGACCCAAAGAAAAACUAUACCAACAGAUAUAUAACUGAUGAGGGUCUACGUUUCGCCGUUAGAAAUGGUCAUUUCAACAUUGUAAAAUAUAUACUGGACAAUCAACUAUUCAAUCAAAGUGAAGUAAACACAAUCUUUAAAGAUUCACUAUACCAAAAGAAUUUAGAAAUUGUAAAACUUUUAGAAAAAUACUCUAGUGAACCAUUUUCAAAGGACCAUUUUUUAGAAUUUCUAAAUAGGGCCAUUUCAAAUGAACUCAUAAACAAUAUAAACUAUCUCUUUGAUGAAUUUAAUCACAAAUUAACAAUAAAAGAAUUUAAAAGAUUGGUAUUCGAUUCAGUUAGAUAUUCAAACUUUGAAAUUUUUAAAAAUAUUUAUAAUAGAGCAGUUAAAGCAUUCCCAACAUUAAAUAAUUUUUCAUUAUCAUCUCUUACAUUAACUCGUUCUCUUUCAUCAUCACCUCCCUCGUCAUCCCCCUCGACAUUACAUUACGAUAAAAAUCAAUUAAAUGAAAAGAAAUUAUUCAUGUUUUCAAUUAAAAGAUUAGAUUUAGAAAAAACCAGAUUUAUCUAUGAAAAAUAUCAACUUCAAAGCUUUGAUAUCAACAACAUAGCAUUGUCUUACUGUAUAUAUAAUUUAAAUUUACCAUUAACCAAAUUCCUUGUAGAAAAUAUAUUUACCUCGUUCAACCCAGAAAAUUAUUUAUUAUCUCCGGUUAUUAAACUAUCAACCCCAAUGUACACUUAUCUCAAUAACUAUAAAAAUGAAAAUAUGGAAAAAUUACAAAAAUUAAAACAACAACAAUCAUAUCAAUUUUCCCAGCAAUACCAAGCCUCAAAAGUUAUAUUUAUUGUAAAUAAUGAAGAUUUCAAAACGCUCUCAUUAAAAUAUUUCGAUGAGUUCCACGUAAUGAACGAAAAACUGUAUAGGGCCGUCUUGGAAAAUGUUUCAAGUAAACUAAUAAUGUACAGUAAAAGACGUCACCACAUUUGUAAUAAAUAA